CGUGCAAAGGGUACCACUAUUACCCACUAUUAAUCCCGUUGUUAAUUUUAAAGAAUGUUUUGUAUUUGAUUGAAAGAUGGCACAAUUCGAAAAGCAAAUCGUCCAGGCCGUGCUAAUAGCCGACAACAAUGUUUGGAACUUCAAGCCGCUUUCCGAUGAAGGAUCCACUGCACUUUUGCCUCUGGUGAAUGUAAGCAUGCUUGACUAUGCCCUGAUUGCCUUAAAUCGUAGUGGCGUUGAGGAGGUCUUCAUCUAUGCCAGUUUGUACUUGGCGGACAUACGGAACCACAUAAAACAGGGCAUUGCUAUGUAUGCAUCAUGGUCAUUUAAGAUGACCGUGCAUGUGAUAGGCGGCGAAGGAUGUCGCUGCUUUGGAGAUGCUAUGCGUGAUUUGGAUUCCAAGGCGCUAAUACGAGGCAAUUUCAUCUUGCUUGGGGCCGACACGGUGACCAAUGCCGACUUGCGGCCAGUGCUGGAGCAACACAAGCGAACAGCCAAAUUUGACAAGGGUACCGCCGCCACUUUGGUGUUCAAGGAGUGCUCCAACAAUUUGCGAACCGGCAACGAGCUGCUCAUUGCUGUUGAUAAGCAAAACACACGCUUACAUUAUCACCAACGUCUUCGGCUUAAUCAAAAGGAACCGCGCUAUCAGCUACCAUUAGACAUCUUCCUGGGCAAUUCCUGUGUGUCGCUCCAUCACAAUUUGCUCGAUCCCCAGAUAGCAAUUGGUUCGCCAUCGAUGCUGUCAUUGUUCAGUGAUAAUUUCGAUUUCCAGACGCGCGAUGACUUCGUGCGUGGCCUUCUGAUCAACGAAGAAUUGCUCGAUAGUCGCAUCUAUGUAGCUAUGCUGCCGCCAGCACAAUAUGCCCAUAAGGUGAAUAGUUGGCCGUCCUAUCAACUAGUCAGUCGAGAUAUUAUCAAUCGCUGGGCCUAUCCGCUAGUGCCCGACAUGGGCGUCUAUCGUUUGCAACAGCAGUACGUCUUCCACAAGGACAACAUCUACAAGAGCCACGAAGCGAUGGUGCCAAAGGUGUCGCUCCAUGAGAAUAGCGUAGUCCAGGCCGGUAGCCAUGUGGAAUCUGGCACUGUGAUACGACAUAGCGUUAUAGGUGCAAACUGUAGGAUUGGAAAAAAUUGUCAGCUCAAUAAUGUGUUUCUCAUGGCCGAUGUGACUAUAGGGGAUAAUUGCCGAUUGGAGCAUUGCGUUGUGGGAUCUCGCAGUGUUAUCAAUGAACUCUGCGAAGUGUCUGCCGGCUGCGUGUUCGGAUCCAAUUGCAUUCUGCCAGCUAAAACUAAACUGUCCAACACUCUGGUCACCAGCUCAUCCAAUACGCAAAGCUCCGAGGAUCAUGAGGCAGUAGAACUAGAGGCUAUUGGACCGCAGGCUUAUAUAGUUAGUGAUCUAACGACUGGAGAUCCCGAUGCUGAUUCCGAUGGUGAAGACUUAUUGGCACAGCAAACUCUUUGCAUACCAAAGAUGGGUGAACCCGUACGACAGAUCGAUGAGCUGAGCGAUUACAGUUUCAACAGCGAUGAAGAUGAGGACGAAUCGCGUGCUGUUACACCUUUACCCGACGAUACAAACAUUUUCUUGUCCGAGGUGAUUGACUCGCUGACUCGUGGUUUUCGUGAGAAAUCGAAUCCCGACUUUCUCAUAUUGGAGAUCAACUCAUCGCGCUAUGCCUACAAUAUGUCCCUCAAGGAGGUCAAUUUUAAUGUGGUCAAGGCUGUGUUUGGUAUCCAACACAUCCUCGAGCCGGCAAAUGACAAUGUGAUGUUGGCUAUCAAUGCAGUCUUCAAGCAACUAGGUCCUGUAGUCUCCAAUUACAUUAAAAGCGAGGAUGCCAUGCUAGAUUGUCUCAAUGCAUUAGAGGAUGUUUGUGAGGAGAAUCCAUUGGUGAGGGAAAAGAUCUCUCAAGUGGUUCACUAUCUAUACGAUAAAGAUUUUGUCUCUGAAGAUGCCAUAUUAGCUUGGCAUGAACAAUUGGAUAUUGAUAUCGAAGAGCAGGCGCACUUAAAAAAGAGUUUGGCUAAAUUGGUCGACUGGUUGAAUCAGUCUAGUGAGGAAGAAGACGACGACGACGACGAUGAUGAUGACGAAUAAGUCUAAUGGGAUGACUUGUUGUAAUCUUUAUUGCAACGCAUUAGCAUGAAAUGUCGUAGAGACAGAAAAAUAGUUUAUAAUUGAAAAACAAAAAAAAAUAUAUAAACGAAAUUGAAA